GAGCCCAGCAGGGCCGCCGCUGGUGAGCACCCACUUUUACAGAGUCCCGAACAGCGACCGCGUCAAUCCAUCUCAAACCGAAUCAGUCUUCACCUCGAACGCAACGCCGGCGCCGAGCAGCGCAUCAGCCUUCCGCCAUCGGUUCGCGCCACACCUUCACCCUCGCCGGUCGAGGCUUGCUAUCCAGGGCCAUCCUUUUUGCGGCAACAGCCCCCAUCCCAGCACCUCUUCUCCGUGUCCGAAUUCCGAAAAACCAGAAGCCACAGCCAGAGCAUCUCGUCACGUCUUCGAGUACCAUUCGGUCUCAGUUUUGAUCAAUCGACAGCGAAACACCAGAGGGGAGACAGCAAAGGAAAAGGGAAAGGCAAAGAAGUCAUGGCGCCACCACCAUUACCGUCCCAGCCGGACAACAAUGUCGGCGCAGGAGAUCGUUACUCCCGCGACCUGGAACGUGGGCCGGACGUGGCCAACCCGCGUCUGUCCAUGGCCUCCCGCAUGUCAGGCAUCGGCUCCGAAAUGUCAUCUGACUCCUCCAUCAUGGGCGACCCAGAUGAGCAACCUGACAAUGGCGAGGAAUGGGGCCCCCAACAUCCCUGCUACCCACAUCUGAACCCUCACGUGCCGAUAGACUCGCCAGAAUACACCACCACACGUAUAAUCCGCAUCCGUAGGGACUGGCUGUUGGAAGGUGACCUCGCCCCGACGUUCUCCAACCUCUACCCGGACAUCUUGGACCCAGCAGGAGUAAGCGAGCAGGAAUUUAGGAGAGUAAUAGAAAAACUCAACAGCGAGCUCGUGCCGGCCUUUAGCGCGUACAACUGGAGGAACAUUUUGGACGGUGUACUCGGUUUGGCGACGGGGUGGUUGUGGGAUGACUUUGGACUUACGGGGGUGAAGAGCAGGCUGAAGGGGUUGGAGAAGUGGAUUGAAGAGUGGAAUAAGGAGAUGGAGAAGACGGUGAGGGCGGAUCACCCUGGGGAUGAGGGGGGGAAUGUGAUCCCGCCCAAGAUUGUGCCGUUGAGGAGGACGGGGUACAUGAGUCUUGAUAUUCAAAUCCCCGAUCCAGAAAUCGCCCCGGCGUCGCCUACCAUGUCUGGGGCCUCGGGUGGUGAGGGUGAUGGGCAACCGCAAGUACCAGACUUGACGGUUCCUCCUCCUGCUUUGACUGCUUAG